GAUGAGAAUGGGGUUGGACUGUCUGAUGAGGACCUGCGUGCUGAGGUGGACACGUUCAUGUUUGAGGGUCAUGAUACAACAGCCAGUGGGAUCUCCUGGCUCUUCUACUGCCUGGCAUUACAUCCUGAGCACCAGCAACAGUGCAGGGAGGAGAUCCAGGGGAUCUUGGGGGACCGAGAUACCAUUGAGUGGGAGGACCUUGGGAAGAUGACUUACACCACCAUGUGCAUCAAGGAGAGCCUGCGCCUGUUCCCACCAGUUCCUGCUGUGUCCCGACACCUCUCCAAACCUGUCACAUUCUCUGAUGGACGCAGCCUGCCAGCAGGCUGCCAGGCUGCAGUGAGCAUAUUUGCUCUUCACAGGAAUCGGGAUGUGUGGGAGGACCCUGAGAUAUAUGAUCCCUUGAGGUUUUCUCCAGAGAACUCAGCACAGAGACAUUCCCACGCUUUCCUGCCUUUCUCUGCCGGAUCCAGGAACUGCAUCGGGCAGCAGUUUGCCAUGAAUGAGAUGAAGGUGGCUCUGGCCCUGACCCUGCUGCGCUUCGAGCUCUGCCCUGAGCCAUCCAGGCCUCCCACGCUGCUGCCUCAGAUCGUCCUCAGGUCCAGCAACGGGAUCCACCUGCAUUUGAAGAAGAUUCACUGA